AUGAGCGAACCAGGUCCUUCUGCUCGCCGGGAGCGCAGGCAAGCCGUCAACUUGCCACGCGCCGCCAGACGAGUACCUCCCCCUCCUCCGAUGCCUCUCGAGCCUCCCGAGAACACUGCGCCACUCAAGCCUGCGCCGAAACUGCCAGCCGAGCUGAUUCAGAGCAUCGUCGACUACGCCUGCGAAGACCUGCAACCCUCGGCGGAGCGGAAGACCUGUCGCAACCUUGCGCUCAUCGGUCGGGACUGGCGCGAGAUCGCACAGCGACGAAUCUUUCGCGAAGUCGCUAUCGCCUCAACCGACACUCUCGCACGAGCGGCAGCGAUCUUCUCGAAUUCUCCUUGCGCCGUCGGUCGGUUCGUUCGCGACCUCGCCCUCCACUUGACGCUUGAGGAACCGCGCCAGGAAGACCUCGCGCAGCUCUACGAGACCUGCAACGGGCUGAGCAGCCUGAACUUGACGGCGAAUCACGAAAACAUGUGCACGCUCGUGUCGUCCUUGCUCUCGACUCCGGCAGGACGCGCUGUCGGCGUUAUGCGAUUGCGACUCGCAGAGUAUACGACUCCCGCCGUCGACCUCUCCAUCUUUGACGAGCUCAACUCCCUUCCCAACCUGACGCGGUGGCAGACUGUCAUUGCCGAUGCUCUUACGCUCAGCAACUCGCGCAUCAACGGCCACCUCUUCCUCACGCAACUUUACAUCGGUUUCGCUCCCGUAGGAGAUGUGGAGCGCGUUACGAGGCGUCUCGUCAAGCACGGAACGCCGCAUUGGGACCUCUCCGAGCUCAGAGCGGGCGACUUGUGCUUCUGGCGACUUGGCAAGCAGGUGAUCCAGGCAAUCCGAGCGGCUUCGUCGAUAACUUCUCUCCGGAUCUUCGACUGCAGACGCGGAGACAUCGACGACAUCUGCGACAUUCUCAACGCCUAUCCCGUGCUUGAAAAUUUCGACAUCGAAGGCGAGAUGCUCAGUACAAACGAGACGCAACAGCUGUUCGAAGCAAUCCCGCGCUCUCUCAUCACAGCCAACCUCGAGCUGGGUGGCACCUUCAAGACCGACACCAACCGCCAGCUCCUACACAACUUCCUCCAGAUGCGCAAGUCUGCCGCUUUGAGACGCGUUCGCCUCCCCUUUCUGCGCUGCGCCGACUUGUGGACGAAGGACGUAAGACCCGACGGGUCUAUCUGGAAGCAUGCGCGCAUCCAGGAAUACUCGACAACUGACGGUUGA